AUGGUCAACCGGUUGUGGACUGUCUUUCCGCUGCUAGUAAUAAUGGCAGCGGUGGCCAUGUUGACAGUGGUUGGUGGAGCAUUUGUGACCACUGGCGGUAACAUGGCCGGAAAAGUGAACAGUCCAAAGUGCACGAGGCAGGAGAUCAUGUCCUGUGUUUUUCCCGUGUGGAAAACACUGAAGAUAAAAUAUGAUCUUUUUCGAAGCACUUCCCGGCUGGAAUUUACCGAGUCGGACUUCGGCAAUGUGUGCGCCACUCUCCUUUCUCGAAUCUACCCAUGCAUGCAAAAACUGGACUCGACCUGUGACGGCUACACCCUGCACGCACUUCGCACUCUGAAUAAUACAUUUAAGUACAUGUGUAAUUUAGGUUGGGGAGAGUUCCAGGAGUUCCGGGGCUGUUACACUAAUACCACUGACCCGAUCGUACGGAACAAGGUACGUCAGUGUUACCAGAAAUCAGGGCUAGCUCAUCGCGACUUUUUCGAUUCAGAAAAGGACAUGUACCAAGCCUACCAAACCGACUGGUGGUACCGAAACAGAAGAGAAGAAUUCUACCAGGAGCACGUCGACCAAGACCACUCAAGAUCUCAGCGACCACCUCACAACAACGACGACAACUACGACAACCGCGAUUACGGACAUCGACAGCAGACCGAAGAACGCCCUUACCCAGGACACUACAACUACUAUUAUUUCCAGCAUCCAGCAUUCAGGGUUCUACCUUUCGGCUAUCCUCCGCAAUUUGAUGAAUUCGGACGUUACAAUAUUCACCCUGAGGAUCUCUACAACUACCGGGACCUGUACCACAGGAAUUUCUACGACUUCGGCCAUAUGUAUCCCUUUCCAUACGGGUACCCGUACGGGCCAUACUUGCCCCCGCACGGUCAGUUUUAUCACCAUCCGUAUCCAUGGAACCACCCGGCUUACAUCAUAUUCUACCACCAGCCUCGCUUCAGCGCUCAGGCGAGUCCCUGGAAUAAAGACCAUGACGGAAGGGGUUGUACUAAUACUGUUCAUCACGUUGAUGGUAAAGAUGAAGGCGACUAUGGCAGAGGAGACCAUGCUAAUGACGACGUGUACCUUCUAUCUAUCUAUCUAUCUAUCUAUCUAUCUAUCUAUCUAUCUAUCUCUCUCUCUCUCUCUAUAUAUAUAUAUAUAUAUAUAUAG